AUGAAGACCACUCUUCUGCUGAUUUUCUUUUGGGGGUUCUCUUGUGCUCUUCCUGUCACCAAAUAUCUAAACACAGAUUCUGAGAGUUCUGAAGAAUUGAAGACAAAUGAGGACAAGAUGGACUAUAGUGAUAGUAUUGAAUCAAAGGAAGACUUGGCCCUUAAUGAUCAAGAGACUGUUUAUAGACUAUCUGAUAGCUCCUUUAAGAGUGGAAUAAAAGAUGAUGAUAAGAAUGAUGAUGAAGAUGACAGUGGAGAUGACACUUUUGUUGAUGUAGACAAUGGCCAGGGGUCCAUGGAAAGGCAUCAACAGGAAGGUGAAAACACCUGGCCUGGAAGUGAUGAUGAUUCCGACAGCACUCUACACAAGGAAGAUAGUGCUGCCGAUGGGGAAGGUGCCAGUCACCAUGCUGUCAGUCAUGAAAGCAGUCAUCAUGACAGCAGAAGCCUUGAAGAAGAGGAGAAUGAAAGUCAUAAGGUGGGAGUCCAUGACAGCGACAGUGAUGAGUACACUGUGGGAGUAGGAAGUAAACAAAGCUACAGCAAUUCCAGAGAUGAUUCUUCAUUUGAUGAUGAAGGAAUGCAAGGCGAUGAUGCAGACACCAUUGGGAGCAAGGAAGGUAAUUCCAGAAUGAUCCGUUACAGCGUCCAUUCAAAGAGAAAGAUUCACAAGACAAGAGGUCAGGAUGGGAAUAGACAAGAUUCAUUGAAUGUGAGCCAUUUGGUGGGGCAGCUUGACAGGAACUCCUUCCAAAAGGCACGCAUCUCAAAGGAGGAUGACUGGGAUGAAAACAACGAUAGCAACACCGUGGAAGAAGCCACGAGUGAUUCCACAGAAAAGAGCCAAUCCCAUGAAAACAGUCGAUCCCGUGAAAACAGCCGAUCCCAUGAAAACAGCAAAAGCAAAUCCCGAGAAGAAAGCAGCAGUCAGUCUCAGGAAGACAGCCAAAAUGUGCAGGAUCUCAGCAGUGAGUCCAGACACGACAAUGACAAUUCUCAUGAAAAACAAAGUAAAUCCCAGGAAGAGAAUGAAAAUAUUUCACGGGGUGAUAACCCUGACUCUGAUAGAAAGACUGUUGGUCUAUCUGAAGUUAAUAAGGAAGACAGUAGUAAUUCCUCUGAAGACAGCAAUCUAACCACAUCCUCCAAAUCAGAUAGCGAAUCUAGAGAGGAACAAAGUGACAGUGAAUCUAACGAGAGUGUGACCACCUCAGAGGAAAGCAAAGAGUCAACUGAGGAUGAAGACAGCUCCAGCCAGGAAAGUUUCCAGUCUCAGAGCUCAUCCGUGGAGAGCCAAAGUGGAAAUACUCAAUCUGAAGAAGAUGCCAGAGCAUUUCAGGAAAACAGUAAGCUUAAAGAAAAUGUGAAUUCUCAUGAAAGUCAAUCAGUUAGUGAUGAAGAGAGCCUGUCCAGAAGCAUCGAGGUAGAAAGUAGAAAGCUGGUAGUUGACAGUUAUCAUAACCGACCCACUGGAGACCAUGAUGACAAUGACUGCCAAGAUGGCUAUUAG